AUGAAUCUAUCAGCUACAGAAAAAGACCUUAUGAUAGUCAAUAUGGGGCCUCACCACCCAUCAAUGCAUGGUGUUCUUCGUCUCAUCGUUACUCUAGAUGGUGAAGAUGUUGUUGACUGUGAACCAAUAUUAGGUUAUUUACACAGAGGAAUGGAAAAAAUUGCGGAAAACCGAACAAUUAUACAAUAUUUGCCGUAUGUAACGCGUUGGGAUUAUUUAGCCACUAUGUUCACGGAAGCAAUAACCGUAAAUGGACCAGAACAGUUGGGGAAUAUUCAAGUCCCUAAAAGGGCCAGCUAUAUCAGAGUAAUUAUGUUGGAGUUGAGUCGUAUAGCUUCUCAUCUAUUAUGGCUUGGACCUUUUAUGGCAGAUAUUGGUGCACAGACCCCCUUUUUCUAUAUUUUCAGAGAAAGAGAAUUAGUAUAUGAUCUAUUCGAAGCUGCCACCGGUAUGAGAAUGAUGCAUAAUUAUUUUCGUAUCGGAGGAGUGGCGGCCGAUCUACCUUACGGCUGGAUAGAUAAAUGUUUGGAUUUCUGUGAUUAUUUUUUAACAGGAAUUGUUGAAUAUCAAAAACUUAUUACGCGAAAUCCUAUUUUUUUAGAACGAGUUGAAGGGAUAGGCGUUAUUGGUGGAGAAGAAGCAAUAAAUUGGGGUUUAUCCGGCCCAAUGCUACGAGCAUCUGGAAUCAAAUGGGAUCUUCGGAAAGUUGAUCAUUAUGAGUGUUACGACGAAUUUGAUUGGGAAAUCCAGUGGCAAAAAGAAGGAGAUUCAUUAGCUCGUUAUUUAGUCCGAAUCAGUGAAAUGACGGAAUCUAUAAAAAUAAUUCAACAGGCCCUGGAAGGAAUUCCGGGUGGUCCCUAUGAGAAUUUAGAAAUCCGAUGCUUUGAUCGAGAAAGGGAUCCAGAAUGGAAUGAUUUUGAAUAUCGAUUCAUUAGUAAAAAACCUUCUCCCACAUUUGAAUUACCGAGACAAGAACUUUAUGCGAGAAUGGAAGCCCCAAAGGGAGAAUUAGGAAUUUUUCUGAUAGGGGAUCAAAGCGGUUUUCCUUGGAGAUGGAAAAUUCGCCCGCCGGGUUUUAUCAAUUUGCAAAUUCUUCCUCAGUUAGUUAAAAGAAUGAAAUUGGCUGAUAUUAUGACGAUACUAGGUAGCAUAGAUAUCAUUAUGGGAGAAGUGGAUCGUUGA